AGCGGCGCGCGCGCGCGGUUGGAGCUUAAUCUUGGUUCCUGAAGCUGUAGUACGGCUGUGUCAUGGCGGGGUCUGUUGCCGCCUCGGGGUUCUUCCCCACGCCGGGGUCUUCCCCGGCUGCAUUGGCUAAAGGCUUGAAGAACAUGUCUGGUGAAUUACCUGAGACUUUGAGUGUCCGUGGGAUGGUUGCAAAGCCUAACACGCCGCCUGCGUCCAUGCAAGUCAAGGCUCGGGCCCAAGCACUCCCCAAGGUUAACGGCUCCAAGGUUAACCUCAAGACCACAGGCUCAGACAAGGACGAGACAGUGCCUUACACUUCCUCAAAGACAUUCUAUAACCAACUGCCAGACUGGAGCAUGCUUCUUGCAGCUGUCACGACCAUCUUCCUGGCCGCAGAGAAGCAGUGGACGAUGCUUGAUUGGAAGCCCAAGAGACCUGACAUGCUUGUUGACACAUUUGGCUUUGGUAGAAUCAUCCAGGAUGGGCUGGUGUUUAGGCAGAACUUCUUGAUUAGGUCCUAUGAGAUUGGUGCUGAUCGUACAGCUUCUAUAGAGACAUUAAUGAAUCAUUUACAGGAAACGGCUCUUAACCAUGUGAAGACUGCUGGUCUACUUGGAGAUGGUUUUGGCGCUACGCCGGAGAUGAGUAAACGGAACUUGAUCUGGGUCGUCAGCAAAAUUCAGCUUCUUGUAGAGCAUUAUCCCUCAUGGGAAGAUAUGGUUCAAGUUGACACAUGGGUAGCUUCUGCUGGAAAAAAUGGAAUGCGUCGAGAUUGGCAUAUCCGUGACUACAAUUCGGGAAGAACAAUCUUGAAAGCUACAAGUGUUUGGGUUAUGAUGAAUAAGACCACUAGAAGACUUUCAAAAAUGCCAGAUGAAGUUAGAGGUGAAAUAGGCCCACACUUCAAUGACCGUUCAGCCAUAACAGAGGAGCAGGGUGAGAAGUUGGCUAAGCCAAGGAACAAAGUUGUGGACCCUUCCACCAAACAGUUCAUAAGGAAGGGGCUUACUCCUAAGUGGGGUGACCUUGACGUGAACCAACAUGUGAACAAUGUGAAGUAUAUUGGGUGGAUCCUUGAGAGCGCUCCGAUUUCAAUACUGGAAAAGCAUGAGCUUGCAAGCAUGACACUGGAUUACAGGAAGGAAUGUUGCCGUGACAGCGUGCUGCAGUCGCUUACCAACGUUUCGGGUGAAUGCGCGGACGGCGGCCCAGAUUCCGCCAUCCAGUGCGACCAUCUGCUCCAGCUGGAGUCUGGAGCUGACGUGGUCAAGGCUCAUACAACGUGGCGGCCAAAGAGAGCGCAUGGCGAAGGAAACCUUGGGCUGUUCCCUGUCGAGAGUGCAUAACCGCUUCAAAUGUGAAGUACGGCAAGCAUGGGUUGUUAUGGGAUGCAAAUUCUAAUCUUGCCGGGGAUAAAUGAAGGAAUUAUUUUGUGCCGGGGAUAAGCCAAGCCGCAUAGCCCAACCUGCCGCAUCUUAUGCUACACACACAUUCUGAUUGAGAGGCCAAACUGUUUUCGGAGGAGUUUCUCGGAUUUGGCAGGCUUGCAAGGAGGGAUGUGGAGCUUCAUUGGUGGUACCGAAGUAAUUUUUUGAGGAUGGAGAAGGGUGGAAUUUGGACUAUGGACAAGGCGGAUGGGGCUUGUGUGUGGUGAUAGCGAUUUGAGGUGAUUGGUGAAAGGAGGAAGAAUGCAGCGGGGGCGGCGGCUGGGAUUGUUUGUGUUUUUGACAUGUGUUUGGAUGCGGAGCGGAAUGGAUCAAAUAAUUUGUGUACUAAGUUAGCCGAGAUGUGUGUGCGUGGAGGCGAAAUCCUAUCCCUUGUAACAGCCUGAUGAUUUGUACAUUCCUACCUAGUACCCCCUCUCUUCCCUUCCCUUCCCUUCCCUUCCCUUGUUGGUUGAAUCGAAUCGCAGCGCAGCUCUCCUGCGUUUCCUUCAUUGGAAACCUAUGCGUCGGUUA